CUAUCCUAGGCCUGGACUGGCGGCCCCGCAGACAGACCCCGCCCCGCCCCUUCGGGCCUCUCCGCUGCCUCCCGAGACCCCUCGGCCGGGCUCGGGCUUUCGGCUCCCUCCGGAUCCGCUCGGCUCUUUCCGGAACCACCUGGGUGGCCCCGCCCCCAGCUGGCCCCGAACGCGGAAGUGCGGAGCCUGCGGCGGGGGGAGCCGCGAGCCGAGCAUGGAGGGUGCGAGGCCGGGGGGUGACCCCGGGGGGAGGGGCGCAGGGUGCAGAGAGCCGUGUGGGGCAGAUGGGCUGGGGGGGGGGCCCCGCAGCCCUGCAGGAGCCCGGUGUGCUGGUGGCAGUGGUGGGCACGGAGCCGGACCCCGACCCCGGGGGGAGGAUCCAGGCGCUGCGGGGGGAGCUGGCGGCCGCGCUGGCCGAGGUCGAGACGCUGCGAGCCGUGGCCACCGUGAGCGAGGGCACCAAGCAGGAGGCCGUGGCCACCGUGCGGCGCCAGUGCCAGGAGGAGGUGGCCUCGCUGCAGGCCAUCCUCAAAGACACCAUCAGCAGCUACGAGGCACGCCUGGCGGCCCUGCAGCAGGAGCAGCACAGUGGCGGCUCAUGGGGGGGCCGGGAGCUGAGCUGCCCGCAGCAGCAGCGGGCACAGGGAAACCCCCUGGACUCGCUGGAGCGGCAGAUGGAGAAGGCGCAGGAGGACUCGGAGCGGCUGCGCAGCAUCGUCCUGCCCAUGGAGGAGGAGAUCGCCCAGCUCAAGAGCAAACUCUCCCGGGCCGAGGGGCUGAUCCAGGGGCUGCGGGGGCCUGAGGGCUCACUCUGCGGCUCAUCGGAGUCCCUGCUGUCUGAUGCGGAGGCUCCCAGCCGGGUGCCCCCUGUCCACCCUGGGGGAGAGGGGGAUGAAGGCUCCGGACCGGAGGGUGAAGAGGAGCUGGGAGGUGGCCUGGCCUUCGCCCGUGGCUGCGACAGCAUCUCCAUUGUCUCCAUCGCCAGCUCCAGCGCUGGCUCCCCCCGGCCCCGGCGCCGGCCCAGCCAAGAGCAUGAGGACACGGCCUCCCUGCUGUCCACCGGCACCCUGGUGCCCGAGAGCAUCUACCUGCCGCCCCCUGGCUUCCAGCUGGUGCCUAAUGGGGAGUGGACGCAACUGCAGCAGGAGGCCAGGCGGCACCAGGAGUCCUGGCAGCAGCUGAGCGAGCAGCUGGAGGCGGUGAUGCAGGAGAAGCUGCGACUGCAGGAGGCGUUAAAACGGAGCAGCGAGGAUUGUGCCAAGCAGGUGCUGGUGCUGCUGGAUCAGAUCCAGAACUCGGAGCAGCUGCUGCAGACCCUGCAGGCGACCGUGUCCCAGACCCAGCACCGGACCCAGGAGCAGAUUGCUGACCUGGCUUCAUCUCACAAGCGGCUCAGCUACGAGGUGCAGCGGCUGAGCGAGGAGAACGAGGGGCUGCGGGGCUCCCGGCCCACCCCGACCCCUGCUGAGGAGCCACCACUGCCGAGCUCCGUGCAGGAACUGCAGGCCCUGGUGCGCCAGCUGCAGGAGGAGGCUGGGACCCUGCGCCGAGCCAGUGAGCACCAUAGCGAGCGGCUGCGCAUUGAGAUCGUCACUCUGCGUGAGCGACUGGACGAGGAGGAGGCCGCCCGGGCCCGGCUGCAAGGGGUUCUGGAGGCCCAGCUGGGGGCCCAGCGCGAGGAGAGCCAAGUCAUGGAGGCCUCCCUGUGCAGCCUCCGAUCAGAGAUGGAGAGGCUACAGCAGCAGCUGGGGCAGGCAGAGCAGCGGGCACAGGGGCUGGAGCAGGACAUGCAGCGGCUUCAGGGGGACCUGACCCAGCGUGACCAGCAGGGCCAGGCCUGGGAACAUGAAAAGGCCAGGCUGGAGGCAGCACUGUCCGAGCAGCGGGGGAAGCUGCAGCGGUUGCAGGCGGAGCUGGACACCAGUGAGCAGGUGCAGAGAGACUUUGUCCGCCUCUCGCAGACUCUGCAGGUACCGGCUGGGGGGUGUCUUGGAGCAGGUGCCGUCUGUAAUGGGUGCAGCUGGAACGGAUCCGCCAGGCCCCCUCGCUGGAGCAGGUGCGCAGCAUUGUGGACGGGACGCGGCUGAAGGAUGUAGCAGAGCUCAAGGAGCCCUGAAAGGCUGGGACAGCAAGAGACCCUCCCCUGGGUGGCGGGGCAUGGAUGCCACCCACCCUUCCCCUGGGCAGGCACAGACUCCAACCCCUUCCCCUCCCCACUAGGGGGGCCUUGGACACUGCCCAUGCCCCAGGCCAGGCUCUGAGUGGCCAUCCUCUACUAACCCCCCUCCCCAGGCACCUGUGGGGGAUUAGGGCCAUCAGCCUCGGGAGACUGGUCCCAGCCUCUCUCUGCCCCCCUCCCCCCCCCCAACUCAGGGAUGGUGCCCCCCACCUGCACACUAACCAAAAAUGCAGCUGCUGUUCACCCCCCAACAAGAGCAAGGCCUAUGGGGCAGGGAGUCAUGGCGUGGCCCCAGCUCUGGCUCACACCAUAGGAGACAGCAUGUUACUGACAGUUACUAACACUGAGGACUGGAACUGGGGGAGGCCAGCUCCAGCUCAGUGUCCAUCCUCCAUUUCCCCCCUUCCCCCAGCUUCCUCCUCCCACAAUGGGUGGGAAGGGGCAGGGCCAAGCAGGGCCCGCUGGCUCCCCUGCCACUAACAAUCCACCAGCUUGCCUUUGUGUGGAGGGCUCACAGGGGGCAGGGUUAAUAAAGGUGACUUUUUGACCAUA